UAAAGAGCCGAAGCAUCUUACGAAGAAGCACAAGUACCAACCCAUCUGCAUCGCAAGCUCCCCGACCGGUGUCAGUGUAACCGAAAGAGAUUAUGUACACUAUUAAGGUGUUGGUGAGUCUCGUACUCUGUACGGCAGGAACAUUUGGCGCACCUCAACGACCAUCGGGUGGUGCUGACAAGGAUGCGGUGAUUACGUCUCAACAACUCGAAGUCAAUUUCGAUGGGAAUUACGUAAAUAACUUCGAAACUAGCAACGGCAUCAGCCAUCAAGAAUCCGGUCAACCAAAACAAGUCGACAACGAGACUCCAGUAGUCUCCCAGGGUUCGGACAGUUACACGGCCCCAGAUGGACAACAGGUUAGCAUAACGUACGUCGCUGAUGAAAAUGGAUUCCAGGUUCAAGGUUCGCAUAUCCCAACGGCACCUCCAAUCCCUCCUGAGAUCCAAAGGGCGCUCGAAUGGAACGCGGCUCACCCCGAGGAGGACUCUGAUGGUCAAGGCAGACCGAGCCCGAGAGGUUAAACAGCCAAACUUUACCUCAAAUGUGACCUGAUUCCAAGCCAGCUUGCCAUGGAUAGAACCGACCCCGUGCUACCGACGCAAACCAUAAAAAGAAAUAUAGUUUAGUAUAUUAAUCUAGGAUACACGUAACCGAAAGCAAAAGGCAUUUCAAGACCGGUAUAUAAUAACUAUAUACUUCCGCGAUAUUAUGUUAGAUUUUUUUUAUUUGUAUAAGAGGUAUGAAGAUGAAAACAAAAAUUAACUAGGAAAAAUUGAAAAAACAAAAAAAAACAAAAAAAGAAAAAAGAAAAAGAAAAAGAAACGAUAUAAGUAAAGUAAAGUAAAGUAAAGAAUGAAAAUCCAUUUCUACAAAUAACAACGCACCGUAAAGCAAUUCAGACGAAUAAAUGUUUAUCGAGUUGCUUGAAAAAAUACGAACACGCGGCGGCAAUUCCCUUCUGCGCGUUUCGUCAUUGGUGCAGUGCACCGAUCCACCGUGCUUAGUAUAUAGAUUAUUAUAUAUAAUAUAUAUAAAUAUAUAUACACUUAACUUGUGAUUUCUGUAUAUAAAUAAAAAGAAUACAUUCUGCCGAAAUCCGACCGAGUUUAUCCAAAUUUCUAUCGUUCACGCUAAUUCAACCCUAACCAACUAUACCAACACUACCCCAACCCCUCUUUUUACCGCCACCUAUUCUUAAAUGACGGCAGUUAACAGUAUAAAAUGUUCAUGUAAUUCACUAUGUGCAAAUGGCAAUUAUUAAAUGCUUAAAACAAAAAAAA